CCUCAAAAACCUAAAAAAAAGUCUACAAUUUGGAAACAAAAAAAUAGUAAAUUUACGAAAACUCGAACAACAUGUCUGUGCGGCACGACUGGUACCAGUCCGAGACCAAGGUGGUCAUCACUGUUCUGCUGAAGAACGCCAUAGAGAAGAACUACGCUGUCAAGAUCGAGUCAAAGAAACUUCACAUGACCGCAGAUGAUUACGAGCUGGAGAUCCCACUGCUGCAUCCCGUUGUCGUGGAGCGGUGCUCCCACAAGGCGUUCCAGACCAAGGUCGAAAUAACUCUGGCCAAGGAGACGGGCGUACGCUGGGAGACCCUCGAGGAGAAGGCGGCUCCCGUGGAAGUGGCAUUGCCAAAACUGCAGACCAAAAACUGGGACCAACUGGUCAGUGAGGAGGAAAAGAUCGAAGAGAAGGAGGCCCAAGGCGAAGCCGCUCUAAACAAUCUAUUCAAGCGGAUUUACAGCACUUCCUCGCCCGAGGUGCAAAAGGCCAUGAACAAAUCUUUCUCAGAGUCCGGAGGUACUGUGCUUAGCACCAACUGGAACGAAGUGGGCAAGGAGAAGGUGAUUGUGCGGCCUCCCAAUGGAACCGAAUUCCGCGAAUGGGAGAAGUAGGCCUAAUCAACGGGCUAGUUAAACACACACACAGACACCAAGACCCACACACACAUUAAUUUAUAUGAGAAUUUAGAGACGCAACUGUAAACAUUUGUCCCCCAACCAAGGACGGCACGCGAUGGGCCGGAAAACAAACCAUAUUAACGAUAUUAACAUAAAUUAACAAUAGUUAUA